UGGUGAUUUUAUGCUGAGCAAAGGGGAAGAAAGAAGGAUGGAAAGCUGAUCCGUGUUUGACCGAGAGAUACUACGUGCGUUUUCAGGCGACAGUGCGGGUAUUAAUGGACAGAAGACCGCUGACUUGACGCCAACCAGUUCUCAGCAGAUCAACCACUGCUGCUGCUGCUGCUCGACGCAGGCCCUUGUCGAUCUUCUCCUCAUACCCUUUAGGUCGUACCCAUCAUGGCAGCACUGUGGCGCCAUUCUGCCUCAAUCUUGGUCUUGUUAGUUUUGUCAUGGCCGUGCUCCAGAGCUCUUUCUUCACAACACCUGUGUGGCCCUCACCUGGUGGAGGCUCUUAAUAUGGUCUGUGGGGACAGAGGCUUUUUCACCAGUUCCAGGAGGGACCUGAACUCAGUCCUACGUCUCUUACCAUCAAAGACUGAGGAGGCGACAUUAACGGGCGGCAUGAACGACAUCGUGGGAUACGCCUUCAACAAGCAGAUGGAUAUGAUGGUGAAGCGUGAUGGCAUUGUAGAGCAAUGCUGUCACCAGCCGUGUAGCAUGAUUGUCCUGGAUAAAUAUUGCAACUAGAACAAGUUGCCUCAGUAACUCGGCGAUUAGCCUUGCUUGCUCUAGCUUAGCAUAGCAAACCUUUCUGUAAUUUCUCCAGGA